AUGGAUUCAUUAAACUUCUCCGAUACCGAAGACAGCUUCCAGAUAGACAUAGACACUCCUGGGCGGAACGAUCGCGAGAUCCCGGAUGCAACGUUGCAGUCUUCCUCAUCAAAUACCACAGCGCGGCCAGAGUCCCGGUACAGCUCAGAAGAAGCCCGGGAAGCUGCACUUCGGCGCGAGCUCGAGAACGUGCAAAAUGUCAAUAAGGCGAUCGAAGACGUCGUCGCAAGUCUAGAGAAAGCAAAAGAGAACAUGGGUACUGUAAAUAAAACUGUGACAUCAGCUUCUACGUUACUGCAGACUUGGACACGCAUUCUUUCCCAGACAGAGCAUAACCAGCGAUUGAUCCUAAACCCAACUUGGCAUGGGGCAACCCAGGAUCUUCAGGACAUCGAGUCAGAGGCGGUAGAGAAGCAGCAAGCGGCCGAGCGACGCCAGGUAGAGGAGCAGAUGAGGAAAGAGGCUGCCGUGCGCAAAGCUGAGGAUGACGAGAGGAAGAAAGCCGCUGCUACUAUGACACGUGGUACGGGGAGGGGAAGGGUAACAAGAGGACGCGCCUCCAGCACGACCGCACCAGGAAGAACAUACACAGGAGUUGGUGGGCAAGGGGGGCGUGGUUUAAGUAGGACCAAUUCUACGAGAGGCAGCAGCAGUAGCAGCAGCGGCAUUGGCCGAGGAGUCAGAGGCACGAGGAGAACUUGA